AUGGUGGUGUGGAUCAGAAGAGCGCUGUCCGGUAAAGGACACGGAGCAGCAGCAGCAGGGGCGACUCUGCUGGGAUGGAGCCCCACGCGGGGCUACCUCACCGUCAUCCCCAAGACCAGGCACCCCGCGGCGCACGUCCGGGUGGUGGACCUCCGCACAGAUUCAGUGACCAAGCCCGGGCCCGCGAUGCUCCAGGCCAUGGUGGCGGCCGCGGUCAGACCUGAGCUGAUAAGAGAUGACCCGAUAGUUCAUGAGCUCCAGAAAAUUGCAGCGGAUAUGUUUGGAAUGGAGGACGCGCUCUUUCUACCCAGUGGAACCAUGGGAAACCUUGUUGCAGUGAUGUCACACUGCUGGGGGCGGGGCAACGAGAUGAUUGUGGGCGACCUGUCCCAUUUGCACAUAUAUGAGCAGGGGUCAAGUGCACAGGUGGCUGGUGUCCACAGCACCACAGUGACCACGCUCCGUAAUGGAACAUUUGACUUGGACGAGCUGGAAUCAAAGAUCCGCCACGAUGACCCAUCGCUGGCCCGCUCGAGGCUGAUAUGUUUGGAGAACUCACACAACAUACAGGGAGGACGUGUGUUGCCUCUGACCUUCUUGCAGGAGGUUCGUGCUUUGGCAGACAGAUACGGGCUGUCGGUUCACAUGGACGGAGCCAGGCUAUUGAACGCUGCCGUGGCCCAGGGAGUGCCUCCACACACAAUACUGCAGCACACACACUCCGUCACUUUGUGCCUUAACAAGGGUUUGGGUGCCCCUGUGGGUUCCGUGCUGGCUGGAUCCAAAGACUUCAUCAACCGAGCGGUACGGGCGAGACAUGCCCUGGGUGGGCGGAUGAGCCAGAUUAGUUUACUAGCAGCAGCUGGAAGAGUGUCUUUACUGGAUAUGGUGGGACGACUGGAAGAGGAUCACCGCAACGCAAAAACCUUUGCUCAAGCUCUGCUCGACUGUGACCCCCCUCUAUUUGCUGUGGACAUGGCGUCUGUGGAGACAAACAUCGUGGUUUUCCGGCUCAGGGAGCCCAGUUUGAGUCCGUCUGAGUUCUGCGCCCACAUGGUUCAGGUCGGAGAGGGGGAGGAGGCUGCACUGGGACAAGUGGUACAGGUUGCGAUGAUUCCUUUCUUUGGAAACUCGGUCCGGGCUGUGUGGCAUCUCGGGAUCUCCCCUGAAGAUACCCAGCUGGCCAUCCAGAAAAUGCAUUAUGUUGUGUCUCAGUACUCAAAGGAGAAACUCUUUAGUUCGGCAAGUGUCUAAUCCACAAGGACAUAUUUUAUGGGAGAGGUGCUGCACAGUAUGAAUGAACAAACGUUUCACCAACAUGACCAUCACAGUCAAAUUAAUUGUUUUUUAAAUAUCUUGUUAUUAAACAAACAAUGCAGUAAACACACUUAAAUAAUCAAUAUCAAAAGGAGAUAACAAUUCCCCCAUUUAUCGCUAUAAACACAACACUGUAGAUACAUUCCUUCAUGUUAACAACUCAUUUUUGUCUCUUAGUCUAAGUUCAUUUGAAUGUUUAGAUUUUUCAAAAUAUACUGUCUUUUCUUUAUUUAUUUUUUUUAAGAUGCAUUUUAGUCCCAAACACAUGCACAGACAUGCAAAGGCACACUCAUGCAGGUAGGGAAAUUUAACUUCUGCUCUUAACCCAUCUGGUGCAGGACACACAGAGCAGUGAGCGACCAUGUACGGCGCUCGGGGAGCAGAUGUUGGGGGAGUAAGGUGCCUUGCUCAGGGGCACUAGACAGGGUAGGAAGACUCUUGGAUUUUU